AUGAUUAGCUUGAAAUAUCUAUACCUGUCUCUGCUGUCGGCUGGUGCGAUCGCUGCGCCCCAGGCAGGCCAUUGCCGUUGUCGACCUCAUGACGCUUGUUGGCCUUCACAUCAACAAUGGUCCGCCUUGAAUGACACUAUUGAGGGCAACCUGGUGGCCGUUCGACCUCUUGCAUCAGUCUGCCAUGCGGCUGAUUACAAUGCGCAGGCAUGCAAUACCACGACGGAGCUUUGGACAAACUCUUUCUGGCGUUCAUCCCAGCCCGGAGCCGGUCAAUGGCAGAAUUGGGAGGCCUGGCCGGAGCAUCACGAAUCGUGUUAUAUUGAAUCGCCUCGAAACAGCCGAUGUGGACAAGGUCGGAUCUCCCUCUAUUCGGCCAAGGUACGAACCGCCUCGCAUGUCCAGAAAGCCGUCCAGUUCGCCAGCGCCCACAAUCUGAGACUUGCUAUCAAAAACACCGGCCAUUGCUUCCUGGGUCGCUCGUUGGCACCGGAGUCGUUGCAAAUCUUGACCCACGAGAUGAAAGAUAUCCAGGUGGUGGACGACUUUGUUCCGAAAGGUGCACCCAAGGGUAAGGGUGCUGGUCCAGCGGUGACGAUAGCUGCUGGUGUGCAACUGUCGGAGCUAUACAAUGCAGUCGCAGCACGCAACAGAACGGUAAUUGCAGGGUCAUCGCAUACCGUUGGGGCUGCUGGUGGCUAUAUUCAAGGAGGCGGACAUAGUCCUUUUGGUGCCUGGAAGGGAUUGGCUUCGGACAACGCUCUCGAGUUUGAGGUUGUAACCGCCAACGGUACUCUUGUUACAGCAAAUUCAUACCAGAAUCCGGACCUCUUCUGGGCUCUUCGAGGAGGUGGCGGGGGCAGCUUCGGCGUUGUGACCCGUGUCACGAUUCGGACACACCCUGAAGCGCCAGUGAUUGCGUAUAACAUUAACAUCACCACUUCGGGAGACGAUCCACGUUUCUGGAAGGCAUUCAGUGAAUUUCAUGCUGCGCUCCCAUCACUCAACGAUGCCGGUGGCUCGGGAUACUACUUCGGCUCUCCCAACCUGCCCCUCGGUCCAAACACUAGUGUUUCGAGCCUCACUUCCCUGCUCUUCUUCCCGGAGAAAACAGACCAAAACGAGAUUGCGAAGCUUUACGAACCAUUGAAGAGCAAGCUGCAGCAGGUGGGAGGUGUGAAGGUUGAUGACGCAGCGAUUCCGUUCCCCAGUGUGAACUCGACCAUUUUCACUGUCCUUCUCCAGGAAGGGGGCACCGACACAACAGGCAGCAUCUCUUCCCUACUUGUCUCCCGCCUCUAUUCGAAGGACCUCAUGUUGUCGGACAAUGGCCCUGGUCGACUAGCCACGGCGUGGAAGAGUCUUCGUUGGGACCCAUAUUCCUCAUUCAUCGGACAUGUCGUUGCCGGCCCGGCUGUUGCUGCGAGCAAGAACAUUGACAGUGCCGUCAAUCCGGCCUGGCGCAAGACAGUCUCUCACCUGCUCUUAAGCAGGGAUUGGCAAUGGAAUGCGACUCUUGGGCAGCAGCACUCGGUGAUAAAGAACGCCACUGAGGUGGAGAUCCCGAUCCUACGGUCCGUCGAGGGCGCAAGCCACAUGGGUGCUUAUUUGAACGAAGCGAGUGGCUAUGAGCCCGAUUUUCAGGCCUCAUUCUGGGGUCCCAACUACCCUCGUUUGUAUCGUGUUAAGCAGAAAUGGGACCCCAAGGGUCUGUUCAUCGCCCGCAAGGGGGUGGGCAGUGAGGAUUGGGAUGACGGUGGCUUGUGCAAGAUCAAGUCCUGA